ACAUCUACUACAUCUGUAUCUCUAACUAUUAAUAGAAAGAAUAGAUGGAUUAUUUGUAGAUCUAGGGUUUGGUAGUCAUGUGGUCUGUGCAAGUCAAUCAGAAACAGUCAUCAUCAUCCUUUACAAACAGUCAUAAUUAAACGAAUAUGAGUAGUGGCUUGAUUAAAUCUUGGUCUGUAUCUAGGUCGAAUAUGGGUGAGAAUCAGCAGCAGCAGCAGCAGCGUUUUCAGCUGGGGACCAUCGGGGCUUUGAGUUUGUCUGUUGUUUCUUCCGUCUCCAUUGUCAUCUGCAACAAGGCCCUCAUAACAACCCUUGGUUUCUGCUUUGCAACGACUUUGACAAGCUGGCACCUACUGGUUACUUUUUGUUCACUCCAUGUUGCUUUGUGGGUUAAGCUAUUCGAGCACAAGGGUUUUGACCAGAAAACUGUCUUGGGUUUUGGAAUAUUAAAUGGAACUUCCAUUGGACUUUUGAAUCUCAGCCUUGGUUUUAAUUCAGUUGGAUUUUACCAGAUGACAAAACUGGCAAUCAUCCCUUGUACAGUACUUCUGGAAACUCUCUUCUUCCGUAAGCAAUUUAGUAGAAACGUCCAGCUUUCGCUUACUGUGCUCCUGUUGGGUGUUGGAAUUGCAACUGUUACUGAUUUGCAGCUCAAUGUUGUGGGCAGUGUCUUAUCUCUGCUUGCUGUGGUUACCACUUGUGUUGCUCAAAUUAUGACCAAUACUAUUCAGAAGAAGUUCAAAGUUUCUUCAACACAACUCCUAUAUCAAUCAUGUCCUUAUCAAGCAUUGACACUGUUCCUUGUAGGCCCAUUUGUCGAUGGUUUUCUGACCAAUAAGAAUGUAUUUUCUUUCACCUAUACCCCGUAUGUGCUGGCAUUCAUUGUAUUGUCUUGCCUAAUAUCAGUAUCAGUAAACUUUAGCACCUUUCUGGUAAUUGGAAAGACAUCUCCAGUAACAUAUCAGGUCCUAGGACAUCUGAAGACAUGUCUGGUUCUGGCAUUUGGCUAUAUACUUCUACGAGACCCAUUUAGCUGGCGAAACAUUCUAGGCAUUUUGGUUGCUGUUGUCGGAAUGGUACUCUAUUCUUAUUAUUGCACACGUGAGAGCCAACAGCAGAAGGCAAGUGAAGCAUCAGCACAGUUAUCCCAGGCUAAAGAAAGUGAAAGUGACCCCUUGAUUACUGUAGAAAAUGGAGAUGGACUAGGAGAUCCAAUAUACAGAUUGUCCGGCAAAGAACAUGGAAAGCAAAGCCUCAUGUGGGUAUAGCUUAAAAAAAUUGAAGUGUUUCUCGAGUCAGGUUUUCCACUUGAA